AUGUUGAAUUCGGCGUGGAUGAGGUGUUCCCUCCUCCUGAGUGUAUUGUGCUUCACCUGCUGCGAGGGUGGUGGGGUGAGCAAUGUGCAGUUUACCGACACUGAUACUGCUGAGUUCUUGAUCGCGGGGACAGUCUCCUGGGAUCCGCCCGCAGACGCAGCAUCAGUUGAUAGCUAUACGGUGUGGCUGGCGCACGACAACUCGAAGGACAACCUGGCGCUCAUAGACUUUCUUGCAACGAAAGUCGAGUACGACAGCUCGCUGCUGCCGGAUGCUGCCGCCUUGCUCAUUCCUGUGGGCACGAACCAAGUCACGAUACCAGCCAGCACAACUCGUGCCUUGCAGUUCGGAUACCAUGCCCAAUGGGUCAUUGUCCUUGCCAACCGAGCCGCUGUUUCUCAAACGACCGCCUUCGAAGAAGCCGGUCUUGUGGCACUCUAUGACAAGUCUAGCCGGACAUUGGGAGACGUCACCGUUGCGAGCGUUCAGUUCACGGACCAAGAUUACUACGAAAAUUCCAUUGGGGGCAUUGUCAGUUGGCAGCGUGGUGCUUCCACGACCGAUUUCGGUUUUGUGUCAGAGUUCCAGGUGUAUUUGGCCGAGGAUGCCCUCGGCACCAACGAGCGAUUGAUUGGAUCCGUGGAGUCGACUCUGUCCUCGUAUGAGAUCCCCAAUGGGACAGCCGCCACAGAGCAUUUCCUCUUUCUUUAUGCCGCAAAUCCGAACGGACGGGCUACGCAUGGCACCUACACAGGAUUCCCUGAUUGGUGGGUGAGCACCACCACCACACUAUCAACUUCAACCACAUUGUCAACUACAUCUACUUCAACUUCCAUAAGCUCCACAAGCAGCAGCACAUCUUCAACAUCUUCAACUUCUUCAACCUCCACAUCAUCGACUUCCACAAGCUCGUCCUCAUCGUCCACGUCCAGCACAACCACGUCGUCGACAUCGUCCACCACUUCGUCUACCAGCUCAAGCACCAGCUCCACAAGCUCCACGUCCACUUCAUCCUCGUCUUCAACUUCAAGCACCACGAGCACGAGCUCCUCCACCACAACAAGCACGUCUUCGACGAGCACGUCAAGCACAACAACGUCUUCUUCAUCCAGUACGUCAACGACAACCAGUACCACGUCGUCUUCGUCCACGAGCAGUACAACCUCGACCUCUAGCUCAAGCACCACGUCGUCCAGCACCACAUCUUCCAGCUCAACCACCACUUCGUCUAGCACCACGUCGUCCACGUCUUCCAGCACGAGUACCACAACAACCACUUCAUCUUCCACAAGCACAACAAGCACAUCAAGCACUACAACGUCGACCUCCACGACCAGCACGAGCAGCAGCACUUCUUCAACAUCGUCUAGUUCAACAACGUCCACGUCGACGUCUUCCACCAGCUCUUCCUCGUCGUCUACAUCCAGCACAUCUACGUCCUCCACGUCAUCUACGACUUCAUCGACUACUUCAACGUCAUCGUCGACGAGUUCCUCAUCCACAUCUACAUCUAGCACAUCGAGUAGCUCGAGCAGCACGACGACAUCAACAUCCAGUUUUUCGACGUCUUCCUCUACCAGCUCAAGCACCAGCUCCACAAGCUCCACGUCCACUUCAUCCUCGUCUUCAACUUCAAGCACCACGAGCACGAGCUCCUCCACCACAACAAGCACGUCUUCGACGAGCACGUCAAGCACAACAACGUCUUCUACUUCCAGUACGUCGACGACCACCACGAGCACUUCCAGCUCAUCUUCUAGCAGCACUGCAACCUCGACCUCUAGCUCAAGCACCACAUCGUCCAGCACGACGUCUUCCAGCUCAACUACCUCUUCGACCAGCACCACGUCAUCCACAUCGUCCAGCACGAGUACCACCACAACCUCUUCAUCUUCAACAAGCACGACCAGCAGCAGCACUUCGACGUCUUCCAGCACUACGACGUCGACCUCUACAUCCUCCACUUCUACGACGUCAUCCACGUCGUCCAGCACGACUACCUCAACAACCUCGUCGUCUUCAACAAGCACAACAAGCAGCAGCACUUCGACGUCUUCCAGCACUACGACGUCGACCUCUACAUCCUCCACUUCCACGACGGCAUCCACAUCGUCCAGCACGACUACCUCAACAACCUCGUCAUCUUCAACCAGCACAACAAGCAGCAGCACUUCGACGUCUUCCAGCACUACGACGUCGACCUCUACAUCCUCCACGUCCACAACGUCAUCCACAUCGUCCAGUACGAGUACUACCACCACCUCAUCGUCCUCAACAAGCACAACAAGCAGCAGCACUUCGACGUCGUCGAGCACCACGACGUCAACCUCCACAUCUUCCACGUCUACCACAUCAUCCACAUCGUCCAGCACGAGUACUACCACCACUUCAUCAUCUUCAACAAGCACAACAAGCAGCAGCACUUCGACAUCAUCGAGUACUACGACGUCAACCUCCACAUCUUCCACGUCUACCACAUCAUCCACAUCGUCCAGCACGAGUACCUCAACAACCUCGUCAUCUUCAACCAGCACAACAAGCAGCAGCACUUCGACAUCAUCCAGCACCACGACGUCGACCUCGUCAUCUUCCACGUCCACGACAAGCACCAGCAGCAGCACAUCUUCGACAUCGUCAACUUCAUCAACGUCCACAUCGACGUCUUCUACCAGUUCUUCCUCAUCGUCCACAACUACCACGACCACAUCCUCCACGUCGUCCACGUCAUCAUCCACUAGCUCCAGCACAUCUUCAACUAGCUCUUCGUCGUCCUCUACAUCCACCACAUCUUCGACAAGCAGCAGCAGCUCGUCUUCCUCUAGCUCAAGCACCACGUCGUCCAGCACCACAUCUUCCAGCUCAACCACCACUUCGUCUAGCACCACUUCGUCCACGUCUUCCAGCACGAGUACCACAACAACCACUUCAUCUUCCACAAGCACAACAAGCACAUCAAGCACUACAACGUCGACCUCCACGACCAGCACGAGCAGCAGCACUUCUUCAACAUCGUCUAGUUCAACAACGUCCACGUCGACGUCUUCCACCAGCUCUUCCUCGUCGUCUACAUCCAGCACAUCUACGUCCUCCACGUCAUCUACGACUUCAUCGACUACUUCAACGUCAUCGUCGACGAGUUCCUCAUCCACAUCUACAUCUAGCACAUCGAGUAGCUCGAGCAGCACGACGACAUCAACAUCCAGUUCUUCGACGUCUUCCUCUACCAGCUCAAGCACCAGCUCCACAAGCUCCACGUCCACUUCAUCCUCGUCUUCAACUUCAAGCACCACGAGCACGAGCUCCUCCACCACAACAAGCACGUCUUCGACGAGCACGUCAAGCACAACAACGUCUUCUACUUCCAGUACGUCGACGACCACCACGAGCACUUCCAGCUCAUCUUCUAGCAGCACUGCAACCUCGACCUCUAGCUCAAGCACCACAUCGUCCAGCACGACGUCUUCCAGCUCAACUACCUCUUCGACCAGCACCACGUCAUCCACAUCGUCCAGCACGAGUACCACCACAACCUCUUCAUCUUCAACAAGCACGACAAGCAGCAGCACUUCGACGUCUUCCAGCACUACGACGUCGACCUCUACAUCUUCGACCAGCACCACGUCAUCCACAUCGUCCAGCACGAGUACCACCACAACCUCUUCAUCUUCAACAAGCACGACCAGCAGCAGCACUUCGACGUCUUCCAGCACUACGACGUCGACCUCUACAUCCUCCACUUCCACGACGUCAUCCACAUCGUCCAGCACGACUACUUCAACAACCUCGUCAUCUUCAACCAGCACAGCAAGCAGCAGCACUUCGACAUCAUCCAGCACCACGACGUCGACCUCGUCAUCUUCCACGUCCACGACAAGCACCAGCAGCAGCACAUCUUCGACGUCGUCAACUUCAUCAACGUCCACAUCGACGUCUUCUACCAGUUCUUCCUCAUCGUCCACAACUACCACGACCACAUCUUCCACGUCGUCCACGUCAUCAUCCACGAGCUCCAGCACGUCUUCAACUAGCUCUUCGUCGUCCUCUACAUCCACCACAUCUUCGACAAGCAGCAGCAGCUCGUCUUCCUCUAGCUCAAGCACCACGUCGUCCAGCACCACAUCUUCCAGCUCAACCACUACUUCGUCUAGCACCACGUCGUCCACGUCGUCCAGCACGAGUACCACAGCGACCUCUUCAUCUUCAACAAGCACAACAAGCAGCAGCACUUCGACGUCAUCCAGCACUUCGACGUCGACCUCUACAUCCUCCACUUCUACCACAUCAUCCUCGUCGUCCAGCACGAGUACCACCACAACCUCUUCAUCUUCAACAAGCACAACAAGUAGCAGCACUUCAACGUCAUCCAGCACUACGACGUCGACCUCUACAUCCUCCACUUCUACCACAUCAUCCUCGUCGUCCAGCACGAGUACCACCACAACCUCUUCAUCUUCAACAAGCACAACAAGUAGCAGCACUUCAACGUCAUCCAGCACUACGACGUCAACCUCCACAUCUUCCACGUCUACCACAUCAUCCACGUCGUCAAGCUCGAGCAGCACCACAACCUCAUCAUCUUCAACAAGCACAACAAGCAGCAGCACUUCGACAUCAUCCAGCACUACGACGUCGAGCUCUACGUCCUCCACCUCCGCGACCAGCACAAGCAGCAGUACUUCUUCGACCUCGUCUAGUUCAUCAACUUCCACGUCGACGUCUUCCACCAGCUCUUCCUCGUCGUCUACAUCCAGCACAUCUACGUCCUCCACGUCAUCUACGACUUCAUCGACUACUUCAACGUCAUCGUCGACGAGUUCCUCAUCCACAUCUACAUCUAGCACAUCGAGUAGCUCGAGCAGCACGACGACAUCAACAUCCAGUUCUUCGACGUCUUCCUCUACCAGCUCAAGCACCAGCUCCACAAGCUCCACGUCCACUUCAUCCUCAUCUUCCACGACGUCCUCCAGCAGUAGCACAUCGUCAUCUUCUUCGUCAACCAGCGCAACCAGCACAUCAUCCUCGUCAUCCACCUCCACUACUUCGUCUUCAACUGCAACUUCCAGCACAAGCACGUCUUCAACAUUCUCAACGUCCACUACAUCAAGUUCGAGCUCGAGCUCUUCUACAACUACCAAAACUUCAACCACAACAACUUCAUACUCCACCACGACGACGUCUGCAUCAUCAACGUCGUCGACGACGGAGGCAUGA